CUCUUUCAAGGGCCCAAUAGUCCUUCCCACUUCUGUCCCGGGCUGGAAGGUGGUGUGACCUCAUUGAUGUCUCAUUGGGUCUCCCCAGAGAGUGCAGAUUAAGUCCACGAAGUGCAGGAAAGGAAACAGGCUCAAAGAUAGCAAGGGUUGGCUUCAGAUUGACGGAGGAACUCUUACCUCUAGGGUCCCUGUGGCCUGUGGGUGGCUGACCAGACCCAGACACCUGUCACUGAACUCCGAGCUCAUUUUGGUCCCCAUGCCUGUGGUGCGUAAUUUUUUAAUGUCUCGUCCUUGCGUUUUGAGUAGCGCAGUAAUGCCUUACUGUUUGACUUGUCGAAAGCAUUAACAAAAGAGGUAACUUUAAAUAAAGUGUAAUACUCACUGGAACCCUGAAUUGAGUAUUUUAUUUGCCGGUGACCUCACAUUUGGAGGCAGCGUGGCUUCUCUACCUCUGGCAGGUUCUGGCCACAUCACACCCAGCACAAGAACCUAGGCCUGCACCCACCUAGCUCACCGGGGUGGUGGGAGGAGCCCAUGGCCCAGGGCCACUGGGGCAGGCCGGAAGAGCCCUGGAGAGGAAGGGGUAACCCCCCCCUACGCACUUGGGAGGGGCCCCCAGCGGGUUGCUGAAGCUGUGGCCGAGGAGGAAGUGAGAGGAGGAGCCUGCCGCACCGGGGUCAGUGGCGCCAUGGCCCAGGCCCUGGGCGAGGACCUGGCGCAGCCUGGCGAGCCGCAGGAUGACUCUAGCUCUUUGGGGUCCGACUCAGAGUUGAGCGGGCCCGGCCCGUAUCGCCAGGCUGACCGCUAUGGCUUCAUUGGGGGCAGCGCAGCAGAGCCAGGGCCAGGUCACCCUCCUGCAGACCUCAUCCGCCAGCGGGAGAUGAAGUGGGUGGAGAUGACUUCACACUGGGAGAAAACCAUGUCUAGGCGGUACAAGAAGGUAAAGAUGCAGUGCCGGAAAGGCAUCCCCUCGGCCCUGCGGGCCCGGUGUUGGCCCCUUCUGUGCGGGGCUCACAUGUGUCAGAAGAACAGCCCCGGCACGUACCAGAACCUGGCUGAGGCCCCAGGAGACCCACAGUGGAUGGAAACCAUCGGCAGGGACCUGCACCGCCAGUUCCCGCUGCAUGAGAUGUUUGUGUCGCCCCAGGGUCACGGGCAGCAGGGGCUCCUGCAGGUACUGAAGGCCUACACCCUGUACCGGCCGGAGCAGGGCUACUGCCAGGCCCAGGGCCCUGUGGCCGCCGUGCUGCUCAUGCACCUGCCCCCAGAGGAGGCCUUCUGGUGCCUGGUCCAGAUCUGCGAGGUUUACCUCCCCGGCUACUACGGGCCCCACAUGGAGGCUGUGCGGCUGGACGCCGAGGUGUUCAUGGCCCUGCUGCGACGGCUGCUCCCGCGCGUGCACAAGCAUCUGCAGAAGGUGGGCGUCGGGCCCCUGCUCUACCUGCCAGAGUGGUUCCUGUGCCUCUUCGCCCGCUCCCUGCCCUUCCCCACAGUGCUGCGUGUCUGGGACGCUUUUCUUAGCGAGGGUGUGAAGGUGCUGUUCCGCGUGGGGCUGACCCUGGUGCGCCUGGCGCUGGGCACCACUGAACAGCGCCUGGCCUGCCCAGGGCUCCUGGAGACGCUCGGUGCCCUUCGAUCCAUCCCACCUGCCCAGUUGCAAGAAGAGGUCUUCAUGCCCCAGGUGCAUGGCGUGGCCCUGUCCGAACAGGACCUGCAGCGGGAGAUCAAGGCCCAGCUGGCCCAGCUGCCUGCAUCGGCAUCCGAGCCACCCCCGAGGCCGCAGGCCCGCCUGCCUGGGGCCCCAGCCAUCUUUGAGGCCCAGCAGCUGGCAGGAACCCAGGGGAGCCCCCGGCCUGAGGUGCCCCGCAUCGUGGUACAGCCCCCAGAGGAGCCCCGGCCGCCCCGGCGCAAGCCCCAGACCCGAGGCAAGACUUUCCAUGGGCUGCUGACCCGAUCCAGGGGGCCCCCUAUCGAGAGCCCCACCAGGUCCCAUCGAAGCUCCACCUCCUUCCUGGACACCCGAUUCUGAGGGUAGGUCCCACUUCUGAGGGUACCACGGACUCAGGGUCCCCCCAAUCCCAACUGCCUGAACAGUGGAUGCCAGCCUCGACGCGGGCACCGCACUUUACAGCUGGGGUUGGAUGCCUCACUCCUUUCCUGUGGACUGCCUCAGGCCUGAGGAGGACAGAAGGGUACAGAGUGGAGUUUGGGGGACCCAGGCCCUCCCCCACCCACAGGGCUGCCCCAGUGCCUAGGCCCUUGCACGCAUCAAGCUCGCACUGGAGGAGUGUGCAAGAAAGGGCACAGGCUGGGCCACGGGGACCCCAAAAGCCUCCUGAGGGGCCUGGAAUAAAGUCUGAACAGAAGCCUG